CAAAGAAUCUGAUGAGAGCGUCCAUCCAACUCGUGGCCCGCACGGCUGAAGUACGCCACGGGGAAAAGUCACUCGAUCCUAACCUGUAGCGGCUGUAGCUGUCAAGUUGGGUCGUCGAUGAACUGUCAAGUGGCGAAUUCGAAAAAACAUUCGGCUGUUCGAUCUUAAAGUUUUCUCCCCACCCGAUAUCAAGAAGACAUAUAAGCACAGCUUUCACGCGCGCCAAACUCUAUCAUACUUCUAUUCUGGAACUAGAGGACGUUAUCAGCGAGUCUGUUCAUAAUAUUUUGCCUUCGAUGUUAGUGGAGAAAAUAGCUCGUCACACAGUUGAGUGUGAAGAAUGUGAAUUAAAAAGAAUUGUUAAGAGCCACGGUGGUUCAGGUAUGGCUAAGCUUUGGGUUUGUAAACUCGUACGUUUCGGACCGAAGUCCCGCACCCAUCAUCAGUUCAUUUCUGAGUUUUUUUGUUGUACUUUAAGAUUCCAAUAAACGCCCACUCAGAGCACCAUUCUGAGUCCUGCUUGCACAUUAAACUAACUUAUGCUAUUUUUCCCCGAUCAAAGACUACUAAGAGCUAUUCCCAGAUCACGUUGAUCAACGUUCCGUGCAUUCAAAUCUCGCGCGCGUCUCACGCUACAGCUUAGAACGUAUGCGCAUGCGCGAGUAUGACGUCGCAAAUAAUUGCAAAAUAUUGCGAUGCUGUAUACCUAUAUAUAGGUAUACAAGUCGCAAGAUGUGCGGGCGCACUACAGUUUUUUUUUUUUUUUUCAUAUUGUACGCAUAUGUAGCGUACGCGCACAAUGUGUUUCAAGAGUGUUUACUUGGGUAUAUAAGAUAUCUAUGAAAGAUACAACUAGAUACGAGGUAUUUAUUUCGAAUGCGUUCGAAUUAACGUAACUGAUAAAACAUGUGACUGGAAGGACUGCAUUCCAAAAGUGUAGAAAAGCUUAUUUUUCUUUGCACUAAUCAUUUUUACAUCAACAAACAUGUUGAGACAACUUUGUAAGUCAUAUCCACUUUGUGCCAAAUAUUCUACAAGUCAACUAGCAUCAAAACCUACAAGCAGAUUACAAAUGUUAAGGAAUAAACUGAGAGAGGAUGCUAAUUCUUCCAUGCUGGUAGAUACUUUUGGGCGUUAUCACACUUAUCUCAGGAUUUCCCUUACAGAACGAUGUAAUUUGAGAUGCACGUACUGUAUGCCAGCUAAUGGCGUUGAACUUUCUAAAAAAGAAGAUAUUUUAAAGACUGAUGAAAUAAUUAAGAUAGCUGAACUUUUUAUAAAUGAAGGUGUUAACAAAAUUCGACUGACUGGUGGAGAACCAACAGUUAGAAAAGACAUUAUUGAUAUUGUUGCACAACUCAAGAGUAUUAAAGGUCUUGAAACUCUUGCGAUGACAACAAAUGGCAUUACAUUAACUCGUCAGCUGCCAAAACUACAAAGAGCUGGUUUAGAUUUACUUAAUAUUUCUUUAGAUACUUUAAAACCAGAACGCUUUGAAAAAUUUACUCUUAGAAGAGGUUGGAUGAAAGUUAUGGCUUCUAUUGACUUGGCUAUACAGCUAGGAUACAAUCCUGUAAAGGUCAACACUGUGAUAAUGAGAGACUUUAAUGAUGAUGAAUUAGUAGAUUUUGUAGAAUUAACAGAGAACAAACCAAUUGAUUUGAGAUUUAUUGAAUACAUGCCAUUUUCUGGAAAUGAAUGGAAUACUGAAAAAAUGGUAUCAUUUACAGAAAUGAAACAAAUUAUUAGAAAAAAAUAUCCUGAGUUUAAAAAGCUUCCUGAUAAACCUAAUGACACUUCUAAGGCUUAUCAUGUUCCUGGAUUUGUGGGUCAAGUAGGAUUUAUCACAUCUAUGACGAAUAAUUUUUGUAGUUCCUGCAAUCGCUUAAGAAUUACAGCAGAUGGAAAUUUGAAGGUAUGCCUGUUUGAAGGUAAAGGAGAAGUAUCUUUGAGAGAUGCUCUGAGAAAUAAUGCAACAACCGAUGAUUUACGCACAUUGAUACACAAUGCAGUACUUAACAAGAAAAAGCAGCAUGCAGUUAGAGUUAGAAGAAAAGAGAAACGUACUGCAGUACCUGCUAAUAAACUAUUCGAUUGUACAAUUACAUACAAUCCAAUGAAUUUUAUUGCAAAAGGCUUCCACAUGCAGAAUCAUAUUAUUAGAUUGUAUUCAUCAUUGACUCAUGUAGAUGAUAAAGGUAAAGCUAGUAUGGUAGAUGUGGGAUCAAAAAAUCCGAGUAGCCGUACAGCUAAUGCCCGAGGCUAUAUACACGUUGGGCCUGUAGUUAGUCAAUUAAUAUCAGAAAAUAAUAUCAAGAAAGGUGAUGCAUUAACGAUAGCACAAUUGGCCGGAAUUAUGGGUGCAAAAAAAACUUCGGAAUUGAUACCAUUGUGCCAUCCGUUGGUGAUUAAUUGUGUCAAAGUUGACUUGAAAUUAAACGAAGAGCUACACAGAGUAGAAAUAGAAGCAGAAGUUAAAUGUACUGGCAAGACAGGUGUAGAAAUGGAAGCUCUUACGGCUGUGAGUAUCGCGGCUCUUACCGUGUACGAUAUGUGCAAAUCGGCAGUGCCUUCGGAUACGAUGCACAUAUCCGGAAUAGAAUUAGUUUCUAAAACCGGGGGCUUAAGAGGGGACUUUUUUAGAACAAAAUGAACUAUGAUUGUUGUAGUAAUUGUCUUUUUUACUAAUCAGGAUGUUUUAAUAUACAUUCCAAAUGUUUCUUUAUAUGCAAUGUAACAAUAUUUUAGAUACUUAAUCAAUAUACAAUCUGUUAAAUCAUUUAUACAAAAUAUAUUUUAAUAAAAAAAAAAUUGUUAAAAA